GCCCCGCGCCGCCGCCGGGCCUCGCCGCCAUCUUGGCCGCUGCCCCGCUGUCCCGGGAGCGGGACGGGCCGUGCCGGGCCGGGGGAGAAAAUGAUCCACAGCCUGUUUCUUAUAAACUGUUCUGGUGAUAUCUUCUUGGAGAAGCACUGGAAGAGCGUUGUGAGCCAAUCUGUCUGCGAUUAUUUCUUCGAAGCUCAGGAGAAAGCAAUCGAUGUUGAGAAUGUGCCUCCUGUCAUCUCAACUCCACACCACUACCUCAUCAGCAUCUAUCGGGAUAAAAUCUUCUUUGUGUCUGUCAUACAGACAGAAGUGCCACCACUCUUCGUAAUUGAAUUUCUGCACAGAGUAGCAGAUACUUUCCAGGAUUACUUCGGCGAAUGUUCUGAGACGGCAAUUAAGGACAAUGUAGUAAUUGUGUAUGAACUCCUAGAAGAAAUGCUAGACAAUGGCUUUCCACUGGCAACAGAAUCUAACAUACUGAAGGAGCUGAUUAAGCCUCCCACAAUUUUGCGCUCUGUUGUCAACUCCAUCACAGGCAGUAGUAAUGUGGGAGACACACUUCCCACUGGACAGUUAUCCAACAUUCCUUGGCGCAGAGCGGGAGUAAAAUACACGAACAACGAAGCCUAUUUUGAUGUCAUUGAAGAAAUUGAUGCAAUUAUAGACAAAUCAGGUUCCACAGUCUUUGCAGAAAUCCAAGGUGUUAUUGAUUCGUGUAUUAAGCUCUCAGGAAUGCCAGAUCUUUCUCUGUCUUUCAUGAACCCACGGCUGCUGGAUGACGUCAGCUUCCAUCCAUGUAUUCGGUUCAAACGCUGGGAGUCUGAGCGAGUCCUUUCGUUCAUUCCUCCCGACGGCAAUUUCAGACUCAUCUCCUACCGCGUCAGUUCCCAGAACUUGGUGGCAAUUCCUGUAUAUGUGAAGCACAUGAUCAGUUUUAAGGAAAAUACUUCUUCAGGAAGAUUUGAUGUUACCAUUGGACCAAAACAGAAUAUGGGGAAAACAGUAGAAGGAGUAGUCAUGACAGUUCACAUGCCAAAGGCUGUACUUAACAUGAACCUCACUGCUACACAAGGCAGCUAUACAUUUGACCCAGUUACUAAAGUGCUAACAUGGGAUGUGGGUAAAAUUACCCCUCAAAAGCUACCAAACCUGAAGGGCAUAGUGAACCUGCAGUCUGGAGCCCCCAAGCCAGAGGAGAACCCAAGUUUAAACAUCCAGUUUAAGAUACAACAGCUUGCAAUUUCAGGACUGAAAGUGAAUCGCCUUGACAUGUACGGAGAAAAAUACAAGCCUUUUAAAGGGGUCAAAUACAUUACAAAAGCAGGAAAAUUCCAAGUCAGGACAUGAGAAGAUUCUAAGAGGAAAUUCCCCUUAAAAAAACUUGACUGCUUAGUGACUUAUGUUGGUUAGGUGCCAAUUAAUUACUAGAACACUGAUUAGUUUGGGAUCAAAGCAUUUGUGCACAGCAGCUCUUAAAAUGAAAGCAUAGCUUAGUUUUUCUUAAUAUAGCUUUAAAAUAAGGUACUUUUUUUCUAUUACACUUUCACUCUUUUUUUACUGAAUUGUUGUGCUGGUGAAUAGUUUGAUAUGGGCAACCCACAGAAUGUUACAAACACUACACUGCCAGUCAGAUACCAAAGCCCUGAGGUCAAGCACAUUCUGAAGGCCAGAGAGGCCACUGGAAAAGUCUUCUGGUGGCAUGUUUUGCUGCUGCAGCCACCUGCAAAGAAAGCUCAGUUCCACCCACAGCCAGCUGCAAGCUGGCAUUCCACAAAGCAACGUAAUCCCUUCAGAAAUAGAGAACAGCAGUGAGAGGGGCAGGGGUCCCCCCAGGGCCUAGGAUAUUGCAAGUGUCACUCCUGAAAAAGCUUCUGAUGAAGUAAAAAAUAAUUUCUGUGUUGUUUACAAGAAAUCGCCUUUCUUAAGAAGCAUUUGCCUUAAUCAGCUUUCAUUUCUGCCAGCUGCAGAUGAGCUGAUAAAAAUAACAUCCUGCAUUAAAUCUGGGAGGUGAUCGUUGCUUCAGUAAUCCACUUUCUUUCCAUUCAAUCCCAUCAUCCCCAUCAUUUUUUUUAAGAAUACAGUUGCAGAGAGCAAGAUCUAUUUUUUAUGUGAAGCCUUUGCUUUGAUUUAGAUGUUCCACUUGUUUGAAGUGGAUGCCACCAGGUCUGUGCAGUGUGUACCUUCCAGCGUAGCUUUUUAGAUAGCACAGUAGAAGUGUCAAGUGUAUUUAAUGGUUGCGUGCUUUAAUGUUCUGAAAUAAAGGGAACUCCACUGCAAAUAUGUCUCACCUUAUGAAAUGUUCAUGCUCUUGUAAACAAUUCGUGGUGCUCUUAAGCAGGAGGCAUCUGAUACACUAUUAAACAAUGACUAUUUGCUGUAUCUUUACUGAACUUGAGCACUGUGCAGCUGCUUAGAGUUUUAAAAGGCUGUUAACAGCACAAUAAGUAAGGUCUAUUUCAUAUUUCUUAUUUUUAAAUGGAAGACAGCUAUUUAUUUAUGAUAUUUCAAAGGCUCAACAGUCAGAGCAAAGCUGACCAAACUUCUUGUUAUACACCAACAAAAUCAUCUCUCUAAACCAAUACAUACUCCAAAGUAGCUAUCAGGUUCCAAACCGUGCAUUUGAUCAAUAUUAAUUAAGGAUAGGAUACUGGAGACCCUUUGUUUCUCUAACCAACCUGUCUGGCUUACAAAUCAAUGAGUAGGUACUAGCUUUGGUUCCUACUUGUCAUCUGAAGCAAAGUCACUUGUCAAAAUUUCAAAUACUGGGACAAAAAUGAUCCAGUCAGGAAAGAGGAGGGGAAAUCCAUCUGAACUGUGGCAGCAAGUCAGUAAGGAAAGAAAUGGUCAUACAGUCUCUAUUUGUAACUUCAGUAAUAUUAUUAGGGUAAACUUGGCCAUAAACAACCAUUUUGAAUGUCUAAAAUGACAGUAGAUAAAACAGCACCAUGAAGAACCAGCACUCUGUUUCAGCAAAUGGCAUCCUUCAGUUAUUGCACUUCCAGAAAAAAUCUUGUCUUCAGAGGUAACGGGUAACAUCCCAAGCUGAAGUCUGAGCAGCUGGAGCUGCUCUCUGCCUUAGCAGCCUGGAAAUGCUGCCCCAUGGCCUUUCAGAGCUGACACCCUUCCUGAGCUGGGACACACAGAAGUGUCAGAGCUCCAGUCCCGACCCCAGCGCGGCCUCCCAGGUGUGACUGAACAAACCCCGCCUGCUCCAGGACCUCCCACAACAGCUGUCAUCGGGACAGCCCCGCUCACCACCACAACUCACUGUCACUCACCUCUAGGAAACCAGUCUAGGCAUGGAGAUGUGUUUUGUCAAGGAAAUGGCUGCAGGUGUGUGAGGCCAGUACCUUUUCUUGUACAUGUGCUGGUUUCCUUCUGUUACAUAAACACAGAAAGCUCAACUGCAGAAGGGGGCCUGUGUUCCUGUUCUGUUUAAAAAAAAUAAUGUACCAGCACUUCUCUGAAGAGUAGAGUUUAGGGAAUCAGAUGGUAUCAAUAGCAAGGAAUUACACUGCCAGGUUUUGAUCUCCCCUUCUCCUCAUGUCCAGUUCUGGGAGUGCCGACAAAGGUGGUUAUCUGUCAGGGUCUCAUUUUCUUUCAGAUAUGGAGAGGACUGUGAACAGUACAAUACUCUGAAUUUUACCAAUUAUUACUAAAUACCAGGUGCCCUCUGGGACUAUGGGGCUAUGUUUGGUCCUACAGUACCAAUAAACAUUGGUUCCAACAAGUCAGAAUGUUGUAUGCUGGUAGAAAUUUUUAGCAAGAAAAAAUGUUUAUAAGAAGUUCUUACAGUGUCAGAGUGAAAAAUACAACAGUGGUUUCAUACUCAUCACCCUUGUAUUCAUUUUAAGAAGUAAAAUUCACAUUAACAAGAUGCUGGUCAGAGUAGCAGCUCUUCCCUUACUGACAGGACCAGGCCAACCCCAUUUUAAGUUUUCACAAUACAGCAGAUCACUGUCAGGUCUCAGGAAAAUCUCCUGUUCUCUCCCACUGAACACAGCUUCCAGUAAAUUAUUUAUUUACUAGUUUGACAGGCACAAAAGACCAAAAAAAACCCUUUGUUUAAUCUGCUAAUGUUUUAGAAACUUUGCACUUUCUAUUCAGAACAUGUAGAAACAACUGUUCUUUUGCUUUAGUUUUUUGUUUCUCUUCUUGUUGCAGCAUCAUCUACUGCUGCUGUUAUCAUUAACACUCAGAAAGAAGCGUGAGAGCACUCAUUACCACUUUGUUUUUGUACAAAUGCAUUUUUAUUGUUUUAACAGAACCAAGAAAGGUUGAAAACAUUAGACUAUACAAUACAUUUUGGUUUAUAAACAAAGUUUUAUAGUGGUAAAACAUUUCUAAGUGACAUUCAUGGUCUUGUUCAAAUUUUUGCUGCACUUCAGCUCUGAAGACCAGUAGUGUUCAAAAAUGCAGUAAUUGCAUAAGGUGGUCAAGUAUCUUGGCUUCUACAAACAGUUCGAGAACUUAGAGCAAACAUUCUGGAAGAAUAUCAAAGGCAACCAUGAUUCAUAAUUCUCCUGCAAACAUUCCUCAAUAAACAAAAAGUGAUCUUUGGCAUAAACAAUUAUGUAUUAAAGGCAUUAGUAAUAUUGCAUUAAUAUCAUUCAAGCAACUAAACAGUGAUCUAAAAUAAUAAUAAUUAAAAAAGAAAUCUCAGAGAGAAGCCUGGAUGGCAGGAGCAGGAUGAGGGGAUGUGAGGAGCACUGAAAAGCAAUACAGGAAGACUAUUUAGAAAAUCCCUUUAAAAUAAUCCCUACGUAUUCAGUGUUAUGUACUAUUAAAUAGAAAUUACUACAUUAAAAUUAAGCUAAAGUUUUGAUAUAAACCAACCAAAUGCAUCCAGGUUAAGGCUCUGGCACCCCUUCCUUCCUCUUCCUGUUGCAGGUAACUGCAAGAAGAGAGUACUAAGGAAAGAUCCUAAGUACCAAAUAUUUCAUGAUACCCAGACACAAGGAGCAAAUUCAAGAAGAACACGCCUUCUCUUGCUGAGGUCAGUUUGAGACAGUUGUAUUAUCAACAGUUUAACUUCCCUUUUUAGAUAACAGUGCAAUGAAGGGGGUGGAGGGGAGAAGGUCCAAGCACAGAAUAACUGUUGCAGGCAGGUAGAGGACAGCUGAGUGUGCUGUGUCUCUUCCUUUGAGCUGUUAAGACUGAAGUUUUUCCCCAAGGACACUUCUGUUCAAGGUGGUUUGAUCGUGCAACAAUUCUCAGCAAAUUAAGAGGGUAUUAUGAGGUCAGUGCUGAUUUGGGCAAAAGUCUGCAAGUAUUCCUUGCAGAUGUAGAAAUUCGUUCUCAAACAAGUUUUCCUUUCCAUUAAACGAACAGAUAUGAAUAUAUGUGUGUAUAUAUAUAUAUAUAUAUGAAGGCAUAUUCAAUUAUGGAAAGAUAAAACAUCAUAAGUCUGUUUUAUUAAGGGGAGGGAGUUUGGGGGGAUUAUAUUGUCAUUUUGUUUGGGAUUUUUUUUAAAGAUAUAGUAACACUUUGUUCAAUUCACUUGAAAAAAAGAUUUUGAAGACUCCAAACUCCACAAGCAGUAAAAAUAAUGAGGUAUGUGCAGCAUUAGGAACCACCAUUUGCUGGUAGGCACCAGCUUACCUAAAGAGGGUUUCAUGUCCCUGCAGAGCUCAGGUUUCAAUAAGCUUAUGCAUUGUUGGAAAGAAGAACAGUGAGGCUAAAGGUAUUUUUAAACUGAGUAUCUUUAUCUUUUAAUUUUUAUCUUGAGCGGCUGGAAUAACAUUAGAUGGAGGGAUGAGGGAAAUCAGAAUAAUUGCAUGUGCUCAUUUGGUUUUCAAAAAGAAUGAGCCAGCAUGUGGCAUUUUCUGGUCCUGGACAUGCAGCUAAGUUAACAGAACCAGGAUUUUUCAGCUCAAUACAUUGCUGAAUUGAGCAAGGAAAGAGUUCCAUGAUUUAAGGUCUCCAGCCAUAAGGCUCAAUCUGUCAACAGUGUGCCACUAACACAAUCUGCAAAACCUUUCAGUACAGUACGAGAGUUCUGGAAUGCCUAGCUACAGGUGACAGGAGGGGAACACAGACAGCUCCAGUUUCUGUUAAAGUACUGUUGCCAGGCAAGAAUCAAAAGCAAAAAGCAUUUCAGACAUGGAGCUUUAAUCCUCAGUUUACAACUGUUCUGCUGCCCCACCUUCCCUCUUUUAAUCAAAAACCCCACACCUUCCAUCAUUUCUGCAUGGUUUUAGAAUAGCCAGAUAAAGUCCUGUUGAGAAGUUGAAUGUUUCUGUAUCAAUGAUUGUCCCUAAAAAACUGCCAAGUAACCAAGUGUCCUAAACGCUCAAGACAAGCUUAAAGUGAGGUCCAUGUUUUAUAUUAUCACAUGGAAACUACUGGAAUAUACAGUGCAUAAAAUAAAUGUGCUUCUGGGAGUACAGAAUACACUAAGAGAAUCUUGAAAAGCAA